AUUAAUUAGCCCAAAAUGGCUCACAAUAAUAAGCUUACAGGAGUUCUACUUUCCCAAGUGACAGUAGUGGUGGCGUUGAUGCUGGCAGCAGCUCCUGGCCAAGUAGACGCAGCGGCCAACAUAACGUGCGAGCAGGUGACGAACUGGCUGACACCGUGCAUAAGCUACGGCGUGUUCGGGGGAACGGUGGCGCCGGAGUGCUGCCAAGGAAUUAAAGAUCUGAAUGCUGCUUACUAUACAAAAGAUGAUAUAAGGGCAGCUUGUAGUUGCAUCCAGCAAGGCGCAGCUAUGAUCCCCGGCAUCGACUAUGAUCGGAUCAACAAUAUUGCUACCUUAUGCGGCACUUCUUGCCCUUAUAAAGUCUAUCCUUCCACUGAUUGCUCUAAGGUGGUUUGAAUAUGUGCUAUCGCUAUCUUUUUUCGGCUCGAGAGUUCACUCAAAUCUCUCGUCUUUAUUAUGAAUAAGUGAUCAGAAAGUUGCAGAAUUAUGUGUCAGAGUGUGUAUAUAUAUUAUAU